AUGACCUCCCUUCGAAAUUCGAUUCACAGACGCAACCACAAAGAAAGAUCCCAAUUAGCUCACAGGGCGAAGCUUGGUUUCCUCGAAAAGCACAAAGACUAUGUCAAACGAGCCAAGGACUAUCACUCCAAACAAGAUAGGUUAACGCGGCUGAGACAGAAAGCUGCAGAGAGGAACAAGGAUGAAUUUUACUUUUCGAUGACAAAGGAGAAAACGAAGCGAGGCAUUCACGUCAAGGACAGAGGAAACGUUGCAUUGCCAACCGAUGUUGUAAAGGUACUCAAAACCCAAGACGAGAACUACAUCAGAACCAUGCGAGUUGCAGGACUAAAGAAAAUCGACAAAAUCAAAGCUCAACUCACAGCUCUCGCAGAUCUUGUCUUGGCCAAGGAUCCGGAGGAAAAUAGCCUCGAUGCCGAGGAGCUUGAAAUUCUCCAAGAUGCUGGUAUUAUAUCCGACAAAUUUAGUAAACAUUCACAGCGGCAUAUUGUCUUCGUUGAAGACCAAGUCGUUGAUACAUAUCCAGUGCCGAACUAUGUUGGUCCUUCGUAUCCUUCCAGUUCCCAUGUCAUCGAUGAAGAUACCAACGCCAAACCGGCAGAUCUAGGUUGGGUAGAACCAGACGCGACACCUCGAUCCAAAAAACGGAAAUCCGUACGAAAUGAUGAUGCUGACGGUGCUGACUUCCGCAAAGAAAUGGAGGGCUCGGCUACGCAAAAUCGCCAGCGUCUCUUGAAGGAGCUUUCUGCUCGGUUGGUGCGGGACAAACAGAUGCGAUAUGCAGAACGAGAAUUUGAGAUGCAACGGUUGAUGAUGGGCAAGGGUGCACGAAAGAGGAUCAGUGCGCCAGAGAAACUUGGCGAUGACUCUGAUGAAGAUGAAGACGCGUUAGAUGCGAGAGGGGGCCGUUCUAGGAAAACUUAUAUCAAAAAGUCGGACGAGACGUACAAACCAAGGGUCUACAAGUGGCGCAUCGAGCGCAAACGCUGAGGAUAUUCUAGCCAUGAAUCCCGUUGAUUACGAUUUAGUAUUAUAUUAAUGUCCAGUCCAUCCAUUGUGAUCAGUAAUUGCUAUCAGAAUGUUUAAUGAGAAGUCCGUUGUGAUGAGUAGUCGUAGAUGUAUGUAUGAAAAGUUCAGAGCAAGGUCGAAGCACCGAAGACAAUACCACCGGUGAUGAUCAGGGGAGCGAUACGCAAGACAUGCAAGAACGAUCCAUCAAGUAUAGUUUGUGCAUCAUUUGAAGAAGAAGAAGAAGAGGAGGAUGAUGUCUUUGGGGUGGCUAUAGCUUUGGCAGUAUAGGUGACAC